AUGUUAGAGAAGAAAGGACACAAGGAUCACAAUGGCACCACUCCAGACCCGCCGCCCGAGCUCACCUGCACACAAGCUUUGGGGCCUCAUGUGGCCUCUGCAGACCUGUUUCCCACCAAGGCCUCCCCUGUCCCUGGUCUGACGGGGGAGCCCUUGACCAGGUCCUAUUCAGCAACCAGGAAUGGGAAGUGUGUCCCCAUAGGGAAAGCCUUCUGUGCAGCCAGGGGAUGGGAGGGCGGUCAGCACACCUACUGUGUCAGGUGCCUGAGGAGGUGCGGGUCCUGCGUGUGGGGAGCAGCAGGCCUGGAGGACGGCGGCAUCAACCCCGGCUCCUGGCAGUUCCUCCUGCAAUGGGUGCGGGACGUGAGAACCCCACACAAGAUCCCCACACCACCCGAGCGGGCCGCGCCGGUCUCCACCGCCGGGAGCCACUGUCAACUGCUGGGCGCGGAGAGGGCGGCCUCCGGGAUCUGCACGGAGGCCGGGGGUUGGCGGGCCCUAGACCGUCCUGCGCGUGAUGCCCACUCCCCACGGGACAAGGCGGGUCCUGGAGUCAGCCCCUGCGGUCGCCCUAGGGCAGCCCUUGUGGUCGAGGCGGGCGCGGAGCGGGCCCAGCGGGAGUGCAGUUGUUUUGCACAAAGUAGCGUGAGCCUGUUCCAUUCACUGUGUCCCGCCGCGGGCUCUGCCACGGGAACGCGCACCGGGCUUUCCGAGGGGCGCUUUCUCCAUCCCACCAGCGCUGUCGGGGGAGGCUGUCCUGUGCCGGGGGCAAGCGGAGGCUUCGGCCCUCCGCGGGAGCUCCGAGGACCCCAAGAUUGUGGUGCCUGGGCCGGCAUUUCGACUUUUCCAGACUCCGAAGAGCGGGGCCCCAAUCCUUUCCGGGUAAAUGGCACCGCGUGCGCACCGCUAGCGAGGCCAGCCGGCCGACCUGCAGGCACAGGGGCGAUGAGGCCGGCUGCCUCGCGGAGCCCCCGGCCGGGUUGCGAGUGGCUUUUCCCUGACCGCCCCCUCCCGAGUGCCAGUGUCUACCCCGAGUUCAGCAGCCCACCCCGAGCCCUGCAGAAAGACACGUGUGCAGCGAAAGGCUCUUACACACCAGCCGGGUUUUUAUUCGUUCCCUACCCGGAGUGCGCCCUGGGCGCGCGGGAAAAAAGGAAAACGCACGUACCUGGCGGCGCUCCGAGGGCGGCCUCGCGGGCCCGCCGCUGGCGAGGGGGCCCCCAGAAGCCACUCCCCGCCCGGCCGGUCGCCCCACGGCCCAUCCCUCCCUCCCAGGCGACGCACCCCGCCGAGCCAACUCUCCAGGAAGCGCGAGGAGCUUCCUGUCCGCGCGCCGGACACGUCUUCCAGCGCCAGGGCCCGCAUCUCCUCCCUGCGAGCGGACGCGCAGAGGAACCCCGAGGCCCAGCAGUCCCGGAGAGGGGCUCCAAGAUCAAGGGGCGGCGCGUCCCGCCGCUACGCUGCGGCUCCAGUUGCACGUCCAGACCUGGGUCCGGGCGCGUCCUUCUAGACCCAGGUUCCCGCUUUCCCACGUUCGCGGCCGAGCUGGCGUAG